AUGCCUACUUACACUAAACACCAUUGGUAUUAUAGCCGAAGAAACGUAAACGUCUUCCUGGUCGCGUGCAAAUCAUUGCGCAAAACGGUGGGCGUGGUAUUUGACGAAGUGAUCCUUCGCCAGGGACAAGCGCCCCUGCUACGCCAAAAACGGGAGCGCGUGAAACAAGAUGCGGACUCCGACAGCCACGAACAGCAGAACCUCCAUCGCGCACCCGGACAGCGACUCCUUCACUCGAGACCCACAGGCUCUCGCGUCUCGCUGCCUUUCCCAAACACGUCCAUUUCCCCCGAUGCGCCACCUGGUCUUGCUCCUACCAUUGGCUCCUCGCAAAGUCAGGGGCCCAUAUACUACACUCCACUUUUGGGCAGAGGCUACAAGCAUGCUGCGAGCACAACCCUCCUUCAGACGCCGAGACUGGGCGUGCUAAGACGUCUUAUACGGGACCCAUCGACAACUAUGGUCCAGUCGUCAGGAGGUGAUUUAAAAGCUGCCUGCCUGCCCUUGUGA